UGCUCCGCUCUGUAGAGAUAUGUAGAGAGGGAGAAGGGGACAGAUUGCUAGCCAGCUAGCUUGGAUUCUAACGAUUAUAGAAACGUUGCACAGGGGCGGCUUUAUUUCAUAAAACCCCAUAUUGGAUACCUAUUUUUCGCGAAGAGGCCUGGACCGGUCGUUUUUAACUUAACAAUCUGACAUUUUUGCUUUGAUUGUAGCUAACCAUCGCGCGGUGUAGCCACCACAAUACAGCAGCGCCAGCCGGAGUCCGUCUCCUAAACAAGAAUGGGGUCUAGGUCCACAGCACUGCUUAGGUAAAGUGACCUUUGGUUGUGUUCUAUAAAUGGCCAAUUUGAUGAAUUACCAAGAAAACAAAGCCGCUAUGUUGUUGGUGGAGACGCAACAGAGGGGCAUCGGGACGACACCAACGGCUACGGCAGCCAACGGCUACACCUCAAUUGGGGAACCCCCUUCCCCCUUAUUGAAUAUCUGCGGUGGCAGUGGAGCUCGUUUUCAUCAGCACAUGCCGCCCUCCAACCACCACAGCCACCAUCACUACCCCCAGAGCUCGCUGCCCAAAGAACAACGCCCGCUGUUGCACCACUAUCCGGUGGCGACACAGCAACAGCAGCAUACUCUCUCUGGUGAAAACAUCCCAGGGUCCCCGGUAAGGAAAGCCUCGUUGUCGUCUUUGAACCUGGUACAUGAGGACCCCUCUGCUAGCCACCACGCACUCGCUGCAUCGGUGAACGCGGCGUCGGCUGCAAUUCAAUUGGCUGCGAAUGCUAACGUUAGCGUCGCUACCUCAGGGGUCAUGGACGACAUUCGGAAGUGUGGCUACCUACGGAAACAGAAGCAUGGACACAAGAGGUUUUUCGUUCUGAGGGUGGCGAGCCACCUAGGCCUCAGCCGGUUGGAGUACUAUGACAGCGAUAAAAAAUUCCGCAGUAGCCUGCGGUCUUCAGCAGCAGCCCCGAAACGGGUGAUCUAUCUGUAUCAGUGCUUCACCGUCAACAAAAGAGCGGAUUCCAAGAACAAACACCUCAUAGCCCUCUACACUAAGGAUGAGUACUUUGCCAUUGUGGCUGAAAACGAACAGGAGCAAGAGGACUGGUAUGUAGCCCUGAGUGAACUAAUGAGUGAGGGGAAAAAGGGGCAUCUAGACUCUGACGAGUUGGAUGAUGGCUAUGGUACAGUCACACCAGGUACGGUUUUCAAAGAGGUGUGGCAGGUGAAUGUGAAACCCAAAGGUCUGGGUCAGACCAAGAACCUCACAGGUGUGUAUCGUUUAUGCCUCUCUUCUAAAACUAUCCAUCUGGUCAAACUAAACUCUGAGACACCGUAUGUCAACCUCCAGCUAAUGAACAUCAGACGAUGUGGACACUCAGAAAGCUUCUUCUUCAUCGAGGUGGGUCGGUCAUCCUCCAUAGGACCAGGGGAGAUAUGGAUGCAGGUAGAUGACUCUGUCGUGGCUCAGAACAUGCACGAGACCAUCUUAGAGACCAUGAAGGCUCUGAAGGCCUUCGCAGAGAUCCGCCCUAGGAGUAAAAGCCAAUCAUCGGGCUCCAACCCCAUGGCGUUCAUCACCACCCGCCGUCACCUAGGCAACCUGCCGCCGAGCCAGACGGGUCUCCAGCGCCGCUCCCGGACUGAGUCGGCGGUCGGUACGCCACCAUCGAGUAAGAGCUCCGGUGCCAGUGGCUACCGCUUCAGGACGUCAAGUGAAGGCGAAGGGACGAUGAACCGGCCAUUCCGGUCUGUUACCGGCAGCCUGAUCCACCUGAACACCGCCCGGAUACACCUAGGGCGCCAGGAGGGUGGGGGAGGGGCAGGGAACACUGGGGGAGGAGGGCGCUACGCCAGGGCGCUACCGGGCUCCAACUGCCACACCCGCUCCGCCUCGCUCCCCGUCUCCCACUUCUCCUCCACCACCUCCCCCGUUAGUGUGUCCAGCAGCAGCGGUCACGGCUCAGUCUCUGACACCCUCACCCGGCCCUCCAGCUCGUCCAUAUGCGGCUCCCCCUCUGACGGAGGCUUCAACUCCUCAGACGAGUACGGCUCAAGCCCCGGAGACUUUCGCUACUUCCGAGUCCGUAGCAACACACCCGAUUCGCUGGGCAACACUCCACCAAUCAGAGAAGAGAACUGCCUGAGUGACUACAUGGCCAUGGGCUGGCACCGCGAGGUGUUUGGAGCGGGCGGCGUGAGUAGCUCUGGCGGUGCCGAGGCCCCCCACCGGGACGAGAGCACGUCGACGGACGAAGACCGGUCUCUGAGGCGGCGGACACACUCGUUCACGCGGCCCGGGAGUCAGGGUGGUGUUGCCGGCGGUAGCAGCUGCGUGGCUGUGUACCAGAAGAUGACCCAGACCACCUUCUCACAGGACGAGUUGGUGUCUGUGGAAGAGGCUCUGUCUCUGGGCCGCACCGGCAGCAGCAACCAACCUUCCUCCACAUCGUCCUCCCUCCGCUCCGACUACAGCUCCUGCUCCGAGCACAGCCAGGGCAGACCCCUUUCCUCCUACCCCUCCUCCUCGGCCAAGGAGGACAGUGGCUAUAUGCCCAUGUUGUGUGGGGUGACAGCCUCACCCCGUGACACCCCAGAUUACAUGCCUAUGCAACCUAGCUCCCACUCUCAUCCCCAUCACCACUCUCUCUCACACCCUCCCCAGCCCUCCCACUCCCCCCAGGCCUCUAGCCCAGCCCUGGCCCCACGCUCGGCCCACCAGCUCCAACCCCACCAGCCUACGGACCCCCAGGGCUACAUGAUGAUGCUACCAGGGGGACCAAGCUCCUCUUCUCCAGUCCAGGCCUCCCCAAGUCCCCACAGCAGUAGCAGUAACAUGGGUCUGGGUGUCGGUAGUUCUGGUAGUAUAGUGGAGCGGCCUGAGACUGGAGAGUAUAUGGACAUGUCCUACAGCAGUGGAAGAGGAGGGAACGCGACAGGAGGACGGAAGCUCUCCAACGAGGGAGGAUACUACACACUGAACAACCCUGAAGGUAUCCCUAAAUCAUACAGUCCCUACUUCUCCCUGCCUCGCUCCUACAAGCCCGUCGCCAGAGAUGGUGAACAGAGAAAAUGGGAGCAUGAGGAAUACGUGCCUAUGAGCUCCCCAGCUAAACCCAUCUACUCCCAGGUCACUGGUGUUACGACAAAGGGUUUCAGUAGUGGGGGGUCAGACACCCCUCACGCCCACCACCCCCCGCCCUACGGUGCCCACCACCAAGCAGCUCGAGGUGACCGACGAACGACUGCGGUUCGGCCCAACCGCCUUCCCUUGGGCCGCCACAGCUUCCAUGGGUCGCUGAGGGUUAGUGAGCCAGCUGCUGCCGAGGGACCCUCCAGCCCCGGUGAGUACAUCAACAUCGAGUUUGGGGAUCCCUACGGACCCCCCACAUCCUGCCCUCUCUCUGACCAGUACGUCUCACCCUCGAUGGGCUCCGCCGAGCAGCGUCACUCCCCUCCCCAGAACCAGGACUAUAUGAGUGUAGAGGUUGGAGGUGGGCGUGAUGAUGGUUGCCGCCUGACUAAGAACCAGUCACCCAGACCCUCUCUGGUGGCCCCAUGGAACCCACCCAGCUACAUUCGACCGCCGACCGCCAAUUCCUCCCUGAGUGGAGCUCCUGGCUCUUCUGGAGCUCACUGGCGGAAACAGAUGGGAACAGAUGACUACACAGAUAUGACCUUUAACCUUAGCAAGGAUGAGGGGUCGCGGGGGUCACAGAGUAGCCCCACAGCUAUGCUGCAGCACCUGUGUGUGAUGGAGGGCCGGUACCCCCCUACCUUACUCCCCCACACCAUCAGCCCUCCCUCAUCCUUCAGCCCCCAGCCUGAGCCCCCCAAAGUGGUACGUGCUGACCCCCAGGGGCGACGCAGACACAGCUCUGAAACCUUCUCCUCCGCCCCCGGAGGAGGCAGAACCACAAGCUCCAGCACCGGCACUAAUCCCCCCUCGGGCUCAGCCAAUCCCUCGGCCAUCAACGGAACUCUCCUGGCCGAGGGCUCCAAGUGGGCCAGCUCUGGCUCCUUUGACAGCGUGUGGAUGUGUGUGGAGGGGAUAGGGGUAGAUUUGGCCGCUUUUCCUGCCCAGCCAGGGCCCUCUGAUCUGGGCAUGGACUCAGCCUCCUCUGGGGGCCCUCCUGGAGGACAUAUGUGCAGAAAUGUGUCUGUGGGAUAUCAGAACGGCCUCAACUACAUUGCCCUGGAGCUGAGAGAGGACCAGGAAUCUAACACACUCCCCAUACCACAGCAGCAGCAGGGGGGAACCGGGCUGACCCCCAAUGCCCCCUCAGCUGGUAAUGUGACUGUGCCGGUAGCGGAGAACAACGGCGCCUAUGCCAGUAUAGACUUCACCAAGUCAGACGGGAUGACUGCCACGUUCACGGAAUGAAGCUGGAUGGAGGGAUCUGAUCUGAGAUGGGGUUUCUGUGGUGUACCCCUCUAACUAAAUCCCUCCACCGCCACCCUUCGACCUCGACCCCAAGGCUGGCCCUCCGCCACCACCCUUCAACCUCGACCCCAAGGCUGGCUCACAAGGUCACGCCCCCUUUGAACCACAACACCACGAAGACGGCAGAAGAUGAAGACUGAAGGCGCUCGCAUUUUAGUCUUUAUAUAUAUAUUAUUUUUUUUUUCGUCAGUGGCUGGUUUUGAGGCUGCUCUCUCUCGUCGUUAAAGGACUUUAGAUAUAAAAACAUUAUUUCUGAUCUACAGCACAAAAAGGGAGCUUCGCUCAAACAUGGUAUCGCUGUAAGUUAAUAAUAAUAAUAAUAAUAAUAGCCAAAUAAUAAUACAACUCUUAGACUGGGUUGAGACUGGUCAGUAGAGUUUACUCUAAAGUAUUACUCUUAUCUUAGAGUUUACUCAUCUUCUCACUGAGAAACUGCUACAUGUAUUUAAAGCCACAUAGUGCAUUUGUUAUCCUGACAUGGUUUAUUUAGUAUUUUUCUAUUAGCAGAAAAGGGUACUGGACUCGACGAUAGUCCCAAUAUUUUCCAUAAAAGACGCAAGUACUUUAUUUCCACUCAAGGGCCUUAUUAGCACAGGUCUGGCUCAGAUGUAUGGAGAUAUAUACACAUACACACUUUCACUUGUCUGUGUUCUUUAGGCUACAGUCAGGGCCGUAACCAAGGUUUUUGUGAGGUCUGGAUUUUUUUUGAGGAGGUGGGCGUUGAAGCUCAUUUACUGCAUUUCUGUACAAUUAAAAAAAAAGCUAUUUGUAGAACAGCAAAACAAGCAAAAAUGACCACCGCCAUUAUCACCUUGGCUGCUGUAGGUUCAUUCAUUCACCUCAGUCGAUCUACAAACGUAUAUUAGCUAUACAAUUGUAAUGUUAUAUCCCUGAAAGGGGGGGUGAAAUAGGAGGAAUGAUUCAAACUGACACACAGCAUCGGCGACUGUUGAGUCAGUUGUAAUGAUGAAUUGCAGUUUUACUUCUCUUUUCUCAAAUGACAUAGCAUUAACGUUUGUAUCCCUAGGCAUUACUAAUCAAGCUCUGCACAAACACAUCAAAGGAGCACACAGAUCAUAUUAUCACAUGCACAUGAAUUAUUAGAAUAUUAUGAUUCUGUAUUAAUAUCCAGUGAUGUAGUGGUAAAAAAAAGUGGGUAAUGGGUAAACUAUAAACUCCAGGGGUAAACAGUUACCAAUAUAAAUGAAAACAUAUGUCAUUUUUAGUGUACUGUAUUGUUUGAAUUUGGAAUGUAAUGUCGGCCUAGGCCUGUAGGGAAGAUGGGCCAUGUGGAGAUGUUCAUAUUGAAACAUAUAUUUUAAGUUCCUAACCUGUUUAAAAGAUUAGUACAGAUUUUCUCAGGGGGGCCCAGACUCAAGUUUGGGAACCACUCCUCUGCUUCCAUUGCAGCCUGCCUCAACCUUAAACACUUGAGUGCCACAUCACUGUCUGUUUCAGUAGCCUACUUUCUGUAAAGCAAAGGUAUUGUGAGAUCUUAACCUAUUUUUGUUUUUUGCUCCUGUUGAGGUCGGCUUCGUUUAACAUUAGCUUCAUCCUUCUAGCUGGCCCUCGGCCUGUGCCACAAGAGGGCAAAGUUAGCCGUUUGAGAGCGUGGUGAAUGUGCUGCUAAAAAGGAAAAUCCGGGGAGGCAAAUCCAGGGGACGCAGGCGAACAUAACGAACAAACCACUGUUCCUGAUUCCACUCGUUCGCAAAGAAGCUGGCGUGAUUUAAAAACAGCCAGAUAAUAAUAAAAAUAAUAAAUAAAUAAUGUAAGCGUUCUGAAUAUUGCUUUCAGCAUUGAUCAAAGCUCAGAUGUUGACCCAUAAUAGAUUAUUAUUUUUAUUAGAAAGAAAAUGAGAGGUCCGGACCGCUGUGUCCUCAUGCAGUUACGGCCCUGGUUACAGUGACUGACCACACACACAAUGCCCCCUGUUACAGUGACUGACCACACACACACACGAUGCCCCCUGUUGCAGUGACUGACCACACACACGAUGCCCCCUGUUGCAGUGACUGACCACACACACGAUGCCCCCUGUUGCAGUGACUCCACUAAUCCACCAGUAAGUGUGCUGGGUGACACACAGGGCUGGGGUGACGUUAGGGGUUCCCCCCAAGGUGCAACAUACACCCACCUCUGCCAGCCCCUAACUUCCCUGGUUACGCACCGCUGGACCCCUCCCAUUGCCAAGCAUGUAGGCUGGCUGUAGUGAGGGAGAGAUCGCAGGGGAGUGAGCGUCUAUUCUCAGCCUAAACUGGGAUCCACAAGAACCAGUUCAGAGAGGUUUUCAGGAUAUGACAGUAAGGCACAAGUAAGGUCAAAUACGUUGUCUAAUAUGUUGCUUGGAAUCCGUGCGCCAUUUAACAGAGGAGUGAUCAAUUUACCAUCCUAACUGAAAGACUGCUGUAGGUUUUCCUCUUUCAUUUUCUUUCAUUUCAGUAUUUUGACUCGUGUGCCAUGCCUUUAAAAAAAUAUAUAUAUAUCCCUAUCCCUAAAAAUAAAUGUACCCUCCUGUCUCCCUUCUGAAAGGCUGGAAGCAGUGAGUUCUGCUAGAGUACUGUUGUGUAUUUUUCUGUGCAAUCUGUCAGCCUUUUAUAUAGUUAACCCUCUCUAUGGGUGUAAGUGGGAGGAAUGGGGGGGCAGAGGGAGAUGAUGUUAGUGGCACUAUCGAUUGCGUGACUGGAGUGUUCAUUUUAUUCCCUCGCUUCCUUCCCCCUCUUUCCCUUCCCUCUUUUUCUAGAUCCCUUAGUCAUUUGAUAUGAUGACUGAACCAAAAUGUCAGUGAGAAGAAAAGAAAAUAGCUUGAUGCUUGUUAGGAAAGGGGCGGGGGAUUAGAAGGGCUCAAAAGUAUCAUGGUACGUCUUGUCGGUGUGUUAACUAAUGUAUGAAGAUGAUUAUGAUGAUGAUGAUGAUAUAUUUGUUGGUACAGAAUAAUGGACUGGAAAAGGUUGACACUCACCGAGAAAAAAAAAACUACUUUCAACAACCCGUCAGAUCCCAUUUGGUACAACCAAUGUCUUAUAUGGUACUGUUGCGGUGCACAGAACUUACUGUAUGUUAUGGAAAAUGAACCGUUACUGUACCUACCCAAGGCUGAAACCAUAGAACUUAGAAUCCUCAUCAUUCUAAUUCUGUGGUUGGAACACAUUUUAAAGGCUGUACUGUGAUUUAAAAAAAAAAAUAAUGUUUUGGUUAUGCUGCAGCGCUGUUCAGCUUUGAACAAUCCAAAAACUUUAUUUGGCAAGACUUUCUGUGAUUUUAAGAAGUCUUACUUAAUCAAUUAAAUAAAUAAAAAAUAGGCUUGAUUAUCGAUACUCAUAUCAGCCUUGUUCAGUUCUGUACUAUUUGGUGGAUGAUGGUUCUACUUUGUUCUGUUGAUAUAUUAUAGGCCAAUAUGGUCGGGUCCCACACUUCUUACUCUCGAUGGAUUGGACAUGCAUUCUCAGUAGUGUGCUACUAGUGUGCAUACUAAGGAGUAUGCUAGUGUGGAUGUUGGAACGGAGCCGUAGAGUUUUGAGUAAACAAUAAUAACAAACCCUUUUUAGGAAAUAAUGGGGGAAAUUCUAAUAACUACAUAAUAUAUUACAGAGGAACUACACGGUACUGCAUAAAUAAAUGUGCAACAGUAUUUUUAUUUUUGUUUAUCUACUUCAUAGAAAGAGCAGAAGUUAAAUAUCCAUAGUUUUUUGGGUGUUGUGUUGAUACUUUUGAUUGAACACUUAAAGAUGGGGGUUUAAAAUCAUUUUUAAGCUAAACGGAGACGGUGGGAUAAACUUGUUUUCAAGAGUAUGACGAUGUAGACACUUAGCAGUUUUGUAAAAAAAAACAGAAAAAUAAAAAAUAACCUCUGCCUGAUGUUUUUGUAACUUACUAUUUUAUUUGCUGCUGUGUAGUAUUACAAAAUAACCCGUUUGAAUGCUGUUGAUCUGAUGGCAACCAUGACGAUGUCAUUUUCAUUGCUACCUGUGUUUUCUUUCAGAAUUGAAUGGCAUUGUCAUUUAAGCUUUAUGGAACAGACAGUUCUUACGGUGGAGGUGUUAAUCCUCAUAUGUGCAUUAUAUUUCUCUGCAACGUAUGUCCUUAAGGGGGGAAAAGGUGUUAAAACAACAAAAAAGAGAAAUUAUUUAAAUAUGAUAGUAUUUUUUUCAUGUUAAUUGCGCCUCUUUUUUUUCUUUUUCUCUCACUUCAGGGGAGAUGGGGUGAAGUCCUAGUGGAGGAAUUUGGAGCAUAGUGUUUAUAUUUAUCCAACUUUUUUGCUUUCAAUAGAGCUAUUGCAAUAAAAGUGUUAAUGUACAUCUUA